AAGCACUGAAUAAAUUAGUACCGAUGAUCAAUCCUUAAUCCCCCUUUGUUAUAAUUAUCAAGUAGUAGUACUUCCAACUCUAAUCAGCUCGAGGCUUGGAUACUUGGAAUCCAAGGAAGCAGCAGAACAAAUUAACAGCCUCAGAUCAGAGCCUCCGCACGGUUCAGAAUCCUCAGCUGAGCUCCGCAAGAGAAGAGCCAGGCAUGGCUUCCAGCUCCAACAACUCCCCAUCAUUCAAGAUCAUACUCGGGUCGUCGUCCCCAACGCGCCGCGCGAUUCUGUCAGACAUGGGAUACCAGUUCGCCACCAUGAGCGCUGACAUCGACGAGAGGGCCAUCAGGAGGGAGAAGCCAGAGGAGCUGGUCAAGGCCUUGGCCGAAGCCAAGGCCGACGCCAUUAAACUGAAUCUUGUUGACGGCUGCGGUGAUGGAGACAGCAGAGAUCGGCCUACCCUUCUGAUCACCUCAGACCAGGUCAUGGUGAGCAAGGGGGCGAUCAGGGAGAGGCCGAGGAGCACGGAAGAAGCCAGAGAAUUCAUCAAGGGGUACUCGGGCGAUCGAGCGUUUGCGGUGAACUAUGUUCUGGUGACCAACCUGAGCACCGGAGGCAGGAAGGGGGGCUGGGAUAUACCCGAGAUCUGUUUCCACCACAUACCGCACGAGUUCAUCGAGGAAAUCGUGAAGGAGGGAGACAUGACGUGCGUGGCCGGGGGGCUCAAGCUGACGCAUCCAUCGGUGCUGCCUUUCAUCAGGGAACUAGUCGGUACGGCAGACAGUGUCCGAGGGCUUCCGAGGGAGCUCACGGAGAAGCUCAUCCGAGAAUCGCUGGAAGCCACAUCCUAGCUGGACUGUAUUUUUUGAACAAGCUGUCUCGAGUUUGCUGUAUGUUGAGUAUAUUGUGUAUGUAUAUGUUUGUGUAUAGGGUUUACCUCCUGUUUUCUCUGUAUAGUUGAGGUUGUGACUCAUCUCUGUACUUAUAUAUACGUGUCUGGUGCAUCAAUCAAUACAUCGCGAUUGCACAGCUCA